AUGGCCAUGGCCGACCUCUGUCGAAGGCUCUUUUCGUGCUGCGGCAGCCGCGCGAAGGUCGACUACGAUAAUGUGCUAGCAGAUUCAGAGCGCGAAGCUGUCGCCGACCUCCUCAACUACCUCGAAAACAGAGCAGAAACAGACUUCUUCUCGGGCGAGCCGUUAAACGCACUCUCAACCCUCGUAUACAGCCAGAACAUUGACCUGCAGCGGAGCGCAAGUUUGACAUUUGCCGAAAUCACAGAAAGAGAUGUCCGCCCCGUCGAUAGACAAACGCUCGAGCCCAUCCUCUUCCUCCUCGAAAGUAGCGACAUCGAAGUCCAACGUGCUGCCUCGGCUGCCCUUGGCAAUCUUGCCGUUGAUGGACAAAACAAGACUCUCAUCGUCUCGCUCGGCGGCCUCAACCCGCUCAUCCGGCAGAUGAACAGCCAGAACGUGGAAGUGCAAUGUAAUGCGGUCGGCUGUAUAACAAACCUGGCCACACACGAGGAAAACAAAGCACGUAUAGCACGAUCUGGCGCAUUGGCGCCGCUGACCAGACUUGCCAAGAGCAAGGAUAUGCGAGUGCAGCGCAACGCCACUGGCGCUCUCCUGAACAUGACACAUUCGGACGACAACCGGCAACAGCUUGUCUCAGCCGGCGCGAUACCAGUGCUUGUCAGUCUUCUCAGCAGUCCAGACACCGAUGUGCAAUACUACUGUACGACAGCCUUGAGCAAUAUCGCAGUUGAUAGCACGAACCGCAAGCGACUCGCGCAAACCGAGCCCAGACUGGUGCAAAGCCUGGUACACUUGAUGAGAGGGCAGGCGCCGAAGGUUCAAUGUCAAGCAGCACUGGCACUUCGGAACUUGGCCAGUGAUGAGAAGUACCAGUUGGAGAUUGUCAAAGCAGGAGGUUUGCCACCGUUACUGGGCUUGCUACAAAGCAGCUAUCUGCCUCUCAUUCUCUCUGCAGUCGCGUGCAUACGGAACAUCAGCAUACACCCAAUGAACGAGUCACCAAUCAUCGAUGCUGGCUUCCUAAAGCCUCUGGUGGACCUGCUUGGAUCGACUGACAACGAGGAGAUUCAAUGCCAUGCUAUAUCAACGCUGCGAAACUUGGCCGCGUCAUCGGAUCGGAACAAGCAGCUAGUCCUCCAGGCGGGAGCAGUGGUCAAAUGCAAGGAGCUUGUGCUAGAUGUACCACUCAGCGUGCAAUCAGAGAUGACUGCUGCGAUUGCAGUGCUCGCUCUUUCAGACGACUUGAAGCCACAGCUAUUGGAUCUUGGUGUCUUUGAAGUUCUCAUUCCCUUGACCGAGAGCGAAAGUAUCGAGGUGCAAGGCAAUAGCGCGGCAGCCCUUGGCAACUUGAGCAGCAAAGGAGAUCCAACCUUCCAACAUAUUGCAAUUUGGACACUCUUACAACUUCUGGAAUCUGGAGACGAGGAACUUACGGACAUGAUCAAGAAGUCUGAAGAUGUCAUGAAGAUGGUCCGCGAAAUCAGCGAGAAGACUGUCGAAUCUGAAGACGAAGGCGACGAGAGCGAAGAUGGCGAAGGCGAAGUUGUUGUGCUGGCAAGAAGAUGUCUCGACAUUAGUAACGGCGACGUUGCGCCUGGAAGCAAGACCGAUAGCCAGCCUUCGUCAUACAAGACGUAGGGGCAGCUUGAAUCGCUUCUGUCCUGGAACAUGGCUGGCGUUGGCAGCGGCACCAUCGAAUGUCGCUGAUUUCGGAACCUUCGCCUCCGCGCUCUUCACUGGUCGGCCGAUCUGAAUCGGGCGAAGUGGAACAUUUGCAUUAUGAAGUUUUACAGCGAGCAAGCGAGCAGAUCGAGAUUUCACAGCAUCAUACUGGCGUUUCGACAAGAGGCGCUUGUCCAAUAGCGGCGCCUAUUAGGGUGGGCGUGUACUUUUUGUUAUGCAAGGAUACGAACGUGCGUAAUUAUGGAGUGUGUAUUUGGAUGGACGAAUUGCUUGAAAGCAUGCUACUACUCUAUACCUCUACAGUUUGUGGCAUAAAUGGAUCAUGC